UCCCCUCCCGCUGCUGUGCCCGGCCUGUCAUUGCUCUUCGGUGCCUUGAAGGUUAAGUGCGCCCGCCCGCCCGCCCGGGAUAUUUUUAAACUGGCCGGGGCCGGUUCAUCUAAAAGUGACAUUUGCAGUCACGGCGGGGAGCAGCGGGCCAUGCCGCCGGCUUAGGCUCCGGGGGGCCCUUUGCAAACAAGAGCCAACCCCGGGGAAUGUGAGCCUGAGCCUGAGCCUGAGCACACGCGGCCGGGAGGACAUGGGGCCAGGAAAGGCCCGGAGAGAGGGGUUUUCUGAAUGACCUUGCUGCUUUGUCUGUGCUGUCUGAUUUUCUCCUGCCUGACCUUUUCCUGGUUAAAAAUCUGGGGGAAAAUGACAGACGCCACACCAGCCGCCAAGAAUAAACCGGAGGCGAGCUUCGUGCCGAGCCAGGAGCCCCUUCCAGCGCCCAACAGCUCCGAGGAGCCACCGCAGAAAAACGGGGACAGCGGCCCUUUGCCAAAGACCCCCAACCAGGAGGAGCCCGCCUCUCAGAAAAGCCCCAAAGAUGCCGACUGGCAAAGGACCUCCAGGCCGCCCCGGCACAGGCACCCCUCCAGAAGCCCCCUUCCCUCCCGCGAUGCCUCCCCAGCCAGUGGGAUAAGGACCCCAGGCCUGGAGGCCCCAGACGCCAACGGCCUGUCCUCGCCGCCGGCCAGGCCCCAGGCCCGAGUCAGGGCCCUGUCCAAAGAGGACCAGAAGCAGGCGCGCCUCAAGAGGCAGCUGAUGACCAACUUCAUCCUGGGCUCCUUCGACGACAACUCCUCCGACGAGGAUGCGGGGGCCGGCCCUGGCCGGGAGUCCUCCCGCAGGGGCAGCCGGGCCAGCCUGGGGGCCCUGACCCUGGAGGCUGCUCGGGCCGCAGGCGACUCGGAGGCCCUGGUCCCCGCGAUGAGGCCCAGCAUGUCUGGACUCCACCUGGCGAAGAGGGGCCGCGAGCACAAGAGGGUGGACGUGCACAGAGACUUCACCGUGGCUUCGCCGGCCGAGUUUGUCAUGCGCUUUGGGGGGGACCGGGUCAUUGAGAAGGUGCUCAUCGCCAACAACGGCAUCGCCGCCGUGAAGUGCAUGCGCUCCAUCCGCCGGUGGGCCUACGAGAUGUUCCGGAACGAGCGCGCCAUCCGGUUUGUCGUCAUGGUGACUCCAGAGGACCUCAAGGCCAACGCAGAGUACAUCAAGAUGGCAGACCAGUAUGUCCCCGUCCCCGGGGGGCCCAACAACAACAACUACGCCAACGUGGAGCUGAUCGUGGACAUCGCUAAGCGGAUCCCCGUGCAGGCGGUGUGGGCUGGCUGGGGCCAUGCUUCCGAAAACCCCAAACUCCCGGAGCUCCUGUGCAAGGACGAGAUUGCUUUCUUAGGCCCUCCCAGCGAGGCCAUGUGGGCCCUGGGAGACAAGAUUGCCUCCACCAUCGUGGCCCAGACGCUGCAGAUUCCAACCCUGCCCUGGAGCGGAAGCGGCCUGACGGUGGAGUGGGCAGAGGACAGUCUGCAGGAGGGGAAGAGGAUCAGGGUCCCGGAAGACGUGUACAGCCAGGGCUGUGUGAAGGACGUAGAGGAGGGCUUGCAGGCAGCAGAACAGAUUGGCUUCCCGCUGAUGAUCAAAGCUUCCGAAGGCGGUGGCGGGAAAGGGAUCCGGAAGGCGGAGAGCGCCGAGGACUUCCCCAUCCUGUUCCGGCAGGUGCAGAGCGAGAUCCCGGGCUCCCCCGUCUUCCUCAUGAAGCUGGCCCAGCGCGCCCGGCACCUGGAGGUGCAGAUCCUCGCUGACCAGUACGGCAGCGCCGUGUCCCUGUUCGGGCGCGACUGCUCCAUCCAGCGGCGCCACCAGAAGAUCAUCGAGGAGGCGCCUGCCACCAUCGCCACCCCGGUCGUGUUCGAGUUCAUGGAGCAGUGCGCCGUCCGCCUGGCCAAGACCGUGGGCUACGUGAGCGCGGGGACGGUGGAGUACCUGUACAGCGAGGACGGCAGCUUCCACUUCCUGGAGCUGAACCCCCGGCUGCAGGUGGAGCAUCCCUGCACGGAGAUGAUCGCCGACAUCAACCUGCCGGCCGCCCAGCUGCAGAUCGCCAUGGGCGUGCCACUGCACCGGCUGAAGGACAUCCGCCUGCUGUACGGAGAGUCGCCGUGGGGGGUGACGCCCAUCGCCUUCGAAACGCCCCCCAACCCGCCCCUUGCCCGCGGCCACGUCAUCGCAGCCAGAAUCACCAGCGAAAACCCUGAUGAGGGGUUCAAGCCGAGCUCGGGGACAGUCCAGGAGCUGAAUUUCCGCAGCAGCAGGAACGUGUGGGGCUAUUUCAGCGUGGCGGCCGCUGGUGGCCUGCACGAGUUUGCCGACUCCCAGUUCGGACACUGCUUCUCCUGGGGAGAGAACCGGGAAGAGGCCAUCUCGAACAUGGUGGUGGCCCUGAAGGAGCUGUCCAUCCGGGGCGACUUCAGGACCACCGUGGAGUACCUCAUCAACCUCCUGGAGACCGAGAGCUUCCAGAACAACGACAUCGACACCGGCUGGCUGGACCACCUCAUCGCCGAGAAAGUGCAGGCCGAGAAGCCGGAUAUCAUGCUCGGGGUGGUGUGUGGCGCCUUGAACGUGGCCGACGCGAUGUUCAGAACCUGCAUGACGGACUUCCUGCACUCGCUGGAGAGGGGCCAGGUCCUGCCUGCGGAUUUCCUGCUGAACACGGUGGACGUGGAACUGAUUUAUGGAGGCGUUAAGUAUAUUCUCAAGGUGGCCCGGCAGUCGCUGACCAUCUUCGUCCUCAUCAUGAACGGCGGCCACAUCGAGAUCGACGCCCACCGGCUCAACGACGGCGGCCUCCUGCUGUCCUACGACGGCAACAGCUACACCACCUACAUGAAGGAGGAGGUGGACAGUUACCGCAUCACCAUCGGCAACAAGACGUGCGUGUUCGAGAAGGAGAACGACCCCACGGUGCUGCGGUCGCCCUCGGCCGGGAAGCUGACGCAGUACACGGUGGAGGACGGGGGCCACGUGGAGGCCGGGGACAGCUACGCCGAGAUGGAGGUGAUGAAGAUGAUCAUGACCCUGACCGUGCAGGAGAGCGGCCGGGUGAAGUACAUCAAGCGCCCGGGGGCCGUGCUGGAGGCGGGCUGCGUGGUGGCCAGGCUGGAGCUCGAUGACCCAUCCAAGGUGCACCCGGCCAAGCCGUUCACAGGGGAGCUCCCCGCCCAGCAGACGCUGCCCCUCAUGGGGGAGAAGCUGAACCAGGUCUUCCACAGCGUCCUGGAGAACCUCACCAACGUCAUGAGCGGCUACUGCCUGCCCGAGCCCAUCUUCAGCGUAAAGCUGAAGGAGUGGGUGCAGAAGCUCAUGAUGACCCUGCGGCACCCGUCGCUGCCGCUGCUGGAGCUGCAGGACAUCAUGACCAACGUGUCGGGCCGCAUCCCCGCCCCCGUGGAGAAGUCGGUCCGCAGGGUGAUGGCCCAGUACGCCAGCAACAUCACCUCCGUGCUCUGCCAGUUCCCCAGCCAGCAGAUCGCCAACAUCCUGGACUGCCAUGCGGCCACCCUGCAGCGGAAGGCCGACCGGGAAGUGUUCUUCAUGAACACACAGAGCAUCGUGCAGCUGGUCCAGAGGCUGACCCCUUUCAGCAUCCCAACUCUAUACCGCAGCGGCACCCGCGGCUACAUGAAGGCGGUGGUGCUGGACCUCCUGAAACGGUACCUGCAAGUCGAGCACCACUUCCAACAAGCCCACUACGACAAGUGCGUGAUCAACCUGCGGGAGCAGCUGAAGCCCGACAUGGCGCAGGUGCUGCACUGCAUCUUCUCGCACGCGCAGGUGGCCAAGAAGAACCAGCUGGUGAUCAUGCUCAUCGACGAGCUCUGUAGCCCAGACCCUUCCCUGUCGGAGGAGCUGACCUCCAUCCUCAGCGAGCUCACGCAGCUCAGCAAGACCGAGCACUGCAAAGUGGCCCUCAGGGCCAGGCAGGUCCUCAUCGCCUCCCACCUGCCCUCCUAUGAGCUGAGGCACAACCAGGUGGAGUCCAUUUUCCUGUCUGCCGUCGACAGGUACGGCCACCAGUUCUGCCCGGAAAACCUCAAGAAAUUAAUACUCUCGGAGACGACCAUCUUUGACGUCCUGCCCGCUUUCUUCUAUCACGUCAACAAGGUGGUCUGCAUGGCGUCCUUGGAGGUGUACGUGCGGAGGGGGUACAUCGCCUACGAGCUCAACAGCCUGCAGCACCGGCAGCUCCCGGACGGCACCUGUGUGGUGGAGUUCCAGUUCAUGCUGCCCUCCUCCCACCCCAACCGGAUAGCCGUGCCCGUCAGCAUCACCAACCCCGAUCUGCUGAGACACAGCACCGAGCUCUACAUGGACAGCGGCUUCUCCCCGCUGUGCCAGCGGAUGGGCGCCAUGGUGGCCUUCAGGAGGUUCGAGGAGUUCACCAGGAACUUCGAUGACGUCAUCUCCUGCUUCGCCAACGUGCCCCGGGACGCCCCCCUCUUCAGCAAGGCCCAGACCUCCGUGUACUCGGAGGACUGCAAGAGCCUCCGCGAGGAGCCCAUCCACAUCCUGAACGUGGCCAUCGAGUGCGCCGAGCACCUGGAGGACGAGGAGCUGGUGCCGAUCCUGCGGACCUUCGUGCAGUCCAAGAAAAACAUCCUGGUGGAGUACGGGCUCCGGAGAAUCACGUUCCUGAUCGCGCAGGAGAAAGAAUUCCCCAAGUUUUUCACCUUCAGAGCAAGAGACCAGUUCGCAGAAGAUCGCAUUUACCGCCACCUGGAGCCCGCCCUGGCCUUCCAGCUGGAGCUCAGCCGGAUGCGCAACUUCGACGUGACAGCCGUGCCCUGCGCCAACCACAAGAUGCACCUGUACCUGGGCGCCGCCAAGGUGAAGGAGGGCGUGGAGGUGACCGACUACCGCUUCUUCAUCCGCGCCAUCAUCCGCCACUCGGACCUGAUCACCAAGGAGGCCUCCUUCGAGUACCUGCAGAACGAGGGCGAGCGGCUGCUGCUGGAGGCCAUGGACGAGCUGGAGGUGGCCUUCAACAACACCAGCGUGCGCACCGACUGCAACCACAUCUUCCUCAACUUCGUGCCCACCGUCAUCAUGGACCCCUACAAGAUCGAGGAGGCUGUGCGCUCCAUGGUCAUGCGCUACGGCAGCCGGCUGUGGAAGCUGCGCGUGCUCCAGGCCGAGGUCAAGAUCAACAUCCGCGAGACGGCCGCCGACAGCGCCAUCCCCAUCCGCCUGUUCAUCACCAACGAGUCCGGCUACUACCUGGACAUCAGCCUCUACAAGGAGGUCACCGACCCCAGAUCCGGAAACAUCCUGUUUCACUCCUUCGGCAACAAGCAGGGAGCCCAGCACGGGAUGCUCAUCAACACUCCCUACGUCACCAAGGACCUGCUGCAGGCCAAGCGCUUCCAGGCCCAGUCCCUGGGGACCACCUACGUGUACGACUUCCCAGAAAUGUUCCGGCAGGCUCUCUCUAAACUGUGGGGCUCCCCAGACAAGUGCCCCAAAGACAUGCUGACGUACACGGAGCUGGUGCUGGACCCGCAGGGCCAGCUGGUGGAGAUGAACCGGCUGCCCGGAGGAAACGAGGUGGGCAUGGUGGCCUUCAGAAUGCACCUGAAGACCCGGGAGUAUCCGCAGGGGCGGGACCUGGUCCUCAUCAGCAACGACAUCACCUUCCGCAUCGGCUCCUUCGGCCUGGGCGAGGACCUCCUGUACCUGCGCGCCUCCCAGCUGGCCCGGGCCGAGGGCAUCCCGCAGGUCUACCUGGCCGCCAACAGCGGGGCGCGCAUCGGCCUCGCCGAGGAGAUCAAGCACAUGUUCCAGGUGGCCUGGGUGGACCCGGAAGACCCCCUCAAGGGAUUUAAGUACCUGUACCUGACCCCCCAAGAGUACACCCGGAUCAGCUCCCUGAACUCCGUCCACUGCAAACACGUGGAGGAGGAAGGGGAAUCCAGGUACGUCAUCACGGACAUCAUUGGGAAGGACGAUGGCCUGGGCGUGGAGAACCUGAGGGGCUCGGGCAUGAUCGCAGGCGAGUGCUCCCUGGCCUACGACGAGAUCGUCACCAUCAGCAUGGUGACCUGCCGCGCCCUGGGCAUCGGGGCCUACCUGGUGCGGCUGGGCCAGCGGGUGAUCCAGGUGGAAAACUCCCACAUCAUCCUGACCGGAGCCAGCGCCCUCAACAAGGUCCUGGGCAGAGAGGUCUACACGUCCAACAACCAGCUGGGCGGCGUGCAGAUCAUGCACAACAACGGCGUCUCCCACAUCACCGUGCCCGACGACUUUGAGGGUGUUUACACCAUCCUGGAGUGGCUGUCCUACAUGCCCAAGGACAAUCACAGCCCGGUCCCCAUCGUCACUCCCACUGACCCCAUUGACAGGGAGAUCGAGUUUUGCCCAUCGAGAGCCCCCUACGACCCCCGGUGGAUGCUUGCAGGAAGGUCUCACCCAACUCUGAAGGGGACCUGGCAGAGUGGAUUCUUUGACCAGGGCAGCUUCAAGGAGAUUCUGGCGCCCUGGGCCCAGACCGUGGUGACGGGACGAGCAAGGCUGGGGGGCAUCCCUGUGGGAGUGAUCGCCGUGGAGACGCGGACGGUGGAGAUGGUGGUGCCCGCAGACCCCGCCAACCUGGAUUCCGAGGCCAAGAUCACCCAGCAGGCGGGCCAGGUGUGGUUCCCGGACUCCGCCUACAAGACGGCCCAGGUCAUCAAGGACUUCAACCAGGAGAAGCUGCCCCUGAUGAUCUUUGCCAACUGGAGGGGCUUCUCUGGGGGCAUGAAAGACAUGUACGACCAGGUGCUGAAGUUCGGGGCCUACAUCGUGGACGGCCUCCGGCAGUACCGCCAGCCCAUCCUCAUCUACAUCCCGCCCUACGCGGAGCUCCGGGGCGGCUCCUGGGUGGUCCUGGACUCCACCAUCAACCCGCUGUGCAUAGAGAUGUACGCGGACAAGGAGAGCAGGGGGGGCGUUCUGGAGCCGGAGGGGACCGUGGAGAUUAAGUUCCGGAAGAAGGACCUGAUAAAGGCCAUGAAGAGGAUCGACCCGACGUACAAGAAGCUCGUGGAGCGGUUAGCAGGAGCGUCUGAUCUCUCCGACAAGGAGAGCAGGGACCUGGAGUGCCAGCUGAAGGCCCGGGAGGAGCUGCUGCUGCCCAUCUACCACCAGGUGGCGGUGCAGUUCGCCGACCUCCAUGACACGCCGGGCAGGAUGCUGGAGAAGGGGGUCAUCUCCGACGUGCUGGAGUGGAGGACCUCGCGCACCUUCCUGUACUGGCGCCUGCGCCGCCUGCUGCUGGAGGAGCAGGUGAAGAAGGAGAUCCUGCAGGUCAGCGGCGAGCUCAGCCACGUGCACAUCCAGUCCAUGCUGCGCCGCUGGUUCGUGGAGACGGAGGGCGCCGUCAAGGCCUACCUGUGGGACAACAACCAGAUGGUGGUGCAGUGGCUGGAGCAGCACUGGCAGGCAGGCGACGGCUUGCACUCCACCAUCGGCGAGAACAUCAAGUACCUGAAGCGGGACUCCGUGCUCAAGACCAUCCGGGGCCUGGUCCAAGACAACCCCGAGGUGGCUGUGGACUGCAUGAUGUACAUGAGCGAGCACAUCAGCCCGGCCCAGCGGGCCCAGGUCGCUCACCUCCUGUCCACCAUGGACAGCCCGGCCUCCACCUGAGCGCCGGCCGCUGGCCGCUCGCAGCACCGCGGGCAAGAGGAACCGCCCCGGCCCGCCGGCCGCAGGCCCCUGCCAGGACCGCGGGGUUUGCUUCUUAAAACGGAAAGUUCCCGGCAUUUCUGCAGGGCUGCUGGCUCCCAACUCACUCCUGUCCCAAUAAACCGCGCAGGAGCGCCCCCUCCCGGCGGAACGCGCCUCCUCCCGUUGCCGGGAGUGUUUGUCUCUGAAGACUGUCUGCUGCAUCACUGAAUGAAUGGAACCCCAGCGCCCGAGCUCCCUUCCCUUUGGGGGUCGUUUUAUACCAGAUCAUGGGAUGUUAUUUUUUUACUCGGACACCGGCUCUCGCUGUAAACAUCUGCAUUUCAGCAGAACACAGAGGCCAAGGAAAGAAAGAAAGACAAGACAAAGAAGAGAAACCUAUUUUUGUAACGAUGCUGUUUGGAGACUGUCCAGCUGCCCGGGCGAGGGUACCCGUGGUUUUUAUUAAGAGAAUAAAAUGGAAUCUUGUUCCCCGAUGUCCCCUAGUGAGUCGCAAGAGAUGGCCCAUCGGCAGGCCGUGCUUAGCGCUCAGGGGCAGAGAUCCCAUUUGGGGAAAGGAGAUGAGAACUAGCGGAAUUGCCCCGGGGGAAGGUCCCGGACGCAUGGAGAUCUCUACUGAGGGCUCACAGCCCCCUGCCCGCCCCUCCCUCUGAGGACAAGGACCAGCCGUGGUGGGUCCCCCACUCCCACCCGGGACUGGCCACCCUUUCCCGGUGCCCUCCUGCCCUGUUGGGACUGCAGAGGCGGCAGAGCCGCCCAGACUCACAGCCUGCCUGCUCACAGGUGUUACCACUGGGAUGGCCGCCACCGCAUGGGGGCCCUUCCGGUCACCAUCAGCCUCCUCCGGUGCCUGGGUGUCCGUGCGGCAUCCGGCCCGAGGAGCAGAGCUGCUGGUCUCCCAGGCCGGGCACAGGACCUCGCCGAUUCGCUCAGGGAGCCUUUGCGUGUGACACGCCCACCAGCACAGCCUGCAGGCUGCACAGCGCCCGCCAGGCCAGCCCUCCCGGCUCACCCGUCCGUCCGGGGGCUGGCCUCAGGGGAGGGGCGGGGGGGGGGUAGCUGGCCGCCCCCACUGCAGUGACGGGCAGUUUGUCAGAGAACAUCCAGCGGGCCGCCUGGCCAAUUUGGAGGACAAAGGGAAGCCCCUGCACGCCAGAUGCUUGAGGCUGUCUUGAGUUUU